AUGGAUCCUGCCCAUCUGUCAUCCAUGCCUGGCACCUUUACUCUGCGAGUAGGGGACGACCUCAGACGCUAUCUUGCUAAUGCUACUCUCCCCGAUGUCGCGCUCCCCGCUCCCGAAAUGACUCAACAACUAGUCCCAGAUGAUGGCAGAGAACAUGGGGACUCAUACGUCCCGAGUGACUCGCCCCCACUCAACUUGAAGGACAUGGACCCCGUGAAUAGAAGAUUGUUCACCGUGCCCUGCGCAGAUUUCGACGUCGUCUUGCCGCCCAUUAUGCCUGUUACUGAUAUCGACCGUUUCCAACAGCUCAUGGAGAAAGUCCCGCUCCAGACCAUACAGCGCGUCAUGCAUACGGUAUUUCCAAACCGUAGGGAUUGGGACAUCCAUGAAGAGGCAGCCGACUUGGACCAUGAGUUGUUACGUAUCUUUACCUGGCGGCGGCGAGUCGUUUCGCCUGCAGCCGCGAAGGCGUCGGACAUCGUUGAGGAUACGACCUCGGUGGUAGUCAUCGCUUUACCUCCAUGGAUACUCUCAGAUAAAGACUUCGAACGCAUUGUCAAUCUCGACGAGUUCCCUUCAUAUGGACAAUCAUAUGCCCAUAAGAUGAGACCGAAAGAAAAGCUCUGGGCCAAGAUUUAUGACUCGUGCAUGGGGCGCAAAUGUCCUUGGUUCAUACUCACCAAUCAUAAGGGGUGGGCGUUCGGCACAUUCACGCCAGAGUACACGCGAGCGUACAUUACUAGGGUGGUUCCAUCCUCGGCCAAACGACCGACUGUCCUUGAAUACCUAUUCAACUGGUUCUCUACGGGAAUGAGUAACCCGGAAGGAUACAACGGAAUGAAGGUACCGGAACCGCUUACUAUCGAAGCCCCUUCACGAUCAGUUACACCUACGUCCGACAGUAUGACCCAUCCAUUCUUCCCACCGGGGCUUUCAUCUAGCGCUAGUACUUCCAGUAGCGGCAGCAGCUGGCAAGGCGAUAAGCAAGGCUUCGACAUUGCUUCUUGUGCCUCACAGACGUUCACGGACGGUACUCACUACACCUUCGCGGUGUCUGACUACAACCUCAACACUGAACUGCAGGGACCGCCCAUCCAGCGCCAGCUUCACGAGUACUCACAAAACAGGAAAACGCUUGAACUCGUCGAUUCGUGGAGAAAAGCGAAGGACAAUCAGUCGACAGAGUUCGUUCCAGUCCCGCAGGAUGAUGUGGUCAGCACGGUUUCUACAGAUUGGUCGAACACGACUGCACUGCCAGGUUCGAAAGGAGUUUGGUUAGGACCUGGCGCAGACUGAAGUGCUACGAAAGGAUCCGCGCUCCGUUACAGAGUUCUAUUUUGCUCUGAAUUUGCUCUGAUUUCCAUGCUUUGUCCUAUGCUUGUUGAUAACAUUGUAUAUAUGAGACUGUAUGAUGUUCGGAC